CAGUAUAUCACUGUGGCAUCUCCUGGACCUGGCCUGCUUGGAGUGAAAACGCAGUAUGUCUGAAAGAACAGCUGCUGUGAAAAGGAGCAGAAGAAAACGUCAAGUGAGACUUUGUGUAACUCGUAGUCCGUCUGAUGGAAGCACUGUAAGUAACCCUGACAAUGUGAAGAUGUACUCUUCACUUCACGGUGUGUGUGCUGGUGAAGAUUUGCUUGCUGACAGCAAAGACAAUGGAGUUCUUUAUCUAAAUCCUCAAACACCAAACUGGAGUCUUGUAGAGAGGUUUGCUGAACUUUCACCAGCAGAAGAGGUAAAGAUGCCUGUGAAGCAAGUCCACAGGGGGGCCAUGGCACCACGUUCCAAACACGCUGAGACCAAAAACAAACAUAAUGGAUUGGUAGAUGCUUUAAAGGAGAAGGAAAUAAACUCUGUCCAACACUUAACAAAACAAAACAAGGGCUCAGACCAACUGAGGACAGCUAAUCUGAAAGAGCUAGAUGCUGAGGAAUACUCUCCUAGUGAGGAUGGAAAAGGGACCAAAAAGAGACUCAGAAAAAACCCUUCGGCAAAUAAGUCACCUAACAAAUGCAAAGACGAUAAAGCUCCACGACUUUUGGCUGUAAUGAAAAGACGAAGUGCAGUGGACACUGAGGACCGACCUUUCAAAUGCACACACUGCCACUGGGCUUUCAAGAAACUCUGCAACCUCCAGAGCCACUUGCAAACACACUCUGGCCUCAAGCCACAUGUGUGUGACAUAUGUGGCAAGGCUUACUCACAUCAGGGCACUCUGCAGCAGCACAAGCGUCUGCACACUGGGGAAAGGCCGUAUCUCUGUCCCUUCUGUGACAAAACAUACAUCUGGUCCUCAGAUUACCGCAAGCACAUCCGCACACACACCGGCGAGAAGCCCUACAUCUGUGAAACAUGCGGCAAGGAUUUUAUCCGCUCCUCCGACCUGAGGAAGCAUGAGCGGAACAUGCACACCAACAACAAGCCUUUCCCAUGUACGCACUGUGGCAAGACCUUCAACAAACCUCUCUCCCUGAAGCGCCACGAGCGCAAGCACCUUGGAGAAAGGCCCUUCUCCUGUCCGGACUGUGGCAAAGCAUUCGCUCUAGCCAGCCGCAUGGCCGAGCACCAGAAGGUCCACAUGGGAGUGCGGCCGUUUGUUUGCUCCGUGUGCUCCAAGUGCUUCACAAAAUCCUCCAAUCUAACGGAGCACAAAGCCAUUCACAGUGGAGUGCGGCCUCACAAGUGUGGAGAGUGCGGUGUGGCGUUCGCCAUGGCUUCCCGCCUGGUUCGUCACCAGUUCAUUCACAACAACCAGAAGCCGUACGGCUGCACGGGUUGUGGCAAGAACUUCAGCCACCUCACGCAGCUGAAGCUCCACCAGGAGCAAACCUGCGCCGGCAGGAUCUUUGUCUGUGUAGAGUGUGACAAAUCUUUCCAGUGUGCCACAAAGCUUGCACAGCAUGUGGCGGAGCACAAGGAGAAAACAAUGUGACCCCAAUAAACAGGGUAUGAUGUUUAACCCAUAUGUCAGAAAUCUUCAUUCAGUACAGAAGAGCAUCGUAAGAUUAAAUGUAUUUAAUAAUUUAGUGAAAUGUAGAUAACGGUCCUGCAUGAGGGUAGGUUGCACAAAAUGAUGUCUGACAGAGCCAUGAAACUUUCAGGUUUCCUCUGUUUUUACUUUUGUUUUCCAAAAUCAGAUCAGGAAAUAUAGAAAGCAUUUCUCAAAUAAUAAUUCCAUUUAUGAAUGGGAGAAACGGCCAAGGCCACCUGGCCCUAUAAGAAAAUGUAAUGAGCCCGAAAUCUAAAUCUGGCAAUGAGUUUUAAAAUUGCUGUGGUGGAAUUUUGGCGCAACUUUCUUUUCGAAAUUGUUUUUGUUGGUGUACUUUGGAUCAUUGUACAAGUAUGCUUGAAUUUAAGAUCAAGCAUACUUGCUGGAUGUUCUCUUACAGUAUUUUUAGGUCGAGGGUCUUAUUCCAGGUUCAGUCAAAUAGAGCAUGUUGUCCAGGACCUGAAGCAGCGAAGCAGAACUUUAUACAUUCCAAAAAGUUCCACUUUUGCCUUUUACAGCUCAUACAAUAUUUUAUUAAAAGUCUUGGGGCUUAUGAAAAUGUCUUAUGGUAAAUGUCAGGCCCGUGUUUUGUUUAGGUCAGCCAUGGUGUUAAUCCUGAAACUCUUCUAUGGUUGUCAGACAAGUGAGGCCAGCAAUAUUUUAAUGUUGUUCUGUUUUGAUUUUUUUGUGACCCUUGGAUGAUUUACAGAAACACUGUUAGAGUAAUCGUGGAAGGCCAGCCACUCCUGCGCUGGGUUGUGUAACUCCUUCUACAAUGAUAGAUGCCACUGACUUUGUUUCUCUUAACCAAAACCAAUUCAAUGGACUUGGUAGAAUUAGCAGCAAAGGAAGACUCUGUUGAGCUUGACAUACUUUUUGAUAUCUUUGAUUUGUUUUCUUGUUGUCAGACAGAUUAUACUUAAGAGAUUUCUAGAUUCUUCAAGUCUGGCAGAAAUAAAGAUAGAGGAAUUGAAAUAAAUUAAAUCACCAUUUAACAAAGAAUAUUACCUUUUCACACUGGGCCAGGUGGAUUUGGGUUACUCUUCCCCCUAAUAAUUGAAAUCAUUUGAAAACUGCUUUUUGUAUUUACUAUUGUAUUACAUUUUUUAUUUUUUUUUGAUGAUCUGAAACAUUCAAGUUGGACAAAAAUAGAGAGUACUUUGAAAGAAGGUAAGGACAAAUACUUUUUCACAGUACUGCAUGUAAUUAGAUUACAUUUAUAAUUACAAAUAGAUAAAAAUUAAAACCUUACACACUUCUACCCCGGUGGGGGUGGGUUCGCAUCAGGGCUAAAAAUUUCCACCAACCCAGCUCUGAUAUUGGAGCUGGCAGUGAUGUGAAACCGCUUACGGUGUUAGGCUGUUAUUAAUGUGAGAAUCCACGUGUAACUGAUAAUACGCACAACUUUUUCUCUUUGCAUAUUGGCUCACAAAUAAAGUAGCGCCAACUGACAAA